CUAAAAUUCCGUGUGGAUAAUUUUGAAUACGUAGUGUUUGUAACAACUGACAAGAUGAAAUGCUUCGGAUGUGGUAAAUCGGGCCACUUAAUCCGUUCAUGCCCUGACAAGAGUAACGCAGCUGGAGGUAGUAAGGACAGUGCUGCAAAUGAGGAAGACAGGCCUACUGGAAAACCGUCUGAGGUCGGUCCGGCCGAAGCAGUGGCGACCGCGGAUGAACCUGCUGGGGAAGGAACAUCUGUCUUGGGGCCUGUGGAAGCCGGAUCGACCUCAGCGGAAUCAAUGAAUGAAGGCUGUCAUGCAGGAUAACAGGGAUGGGAUGAUGCCGUUCCCACCACCCAUCAGCAGAGACAGGGUCAUCUGGGAAUUCCCAAAGUGCUACACACCUGAGGCCUCUCUGCAGCUGAAGAAAGACUGGGACGUUCAGGCUAAAGCAGCCUGUAAAGACAGAGCCGGCAGGCAUCAGCCGUGGGACCGACAGAAAAUGUCAAAAGUGGUGGUUGUUGGAGACCUUAAUGUUGGGAAGACCUGCCUCAUUAAUAGGUUUUGUAAAGAUGUAUUUGAAAGAGACUACAAGGCCACCAUAGGUGUGGACUUUGAGAUCGAGAGGUUUGAGAUAUCUGCAGUACCUUUCUCCCUUCAGAUCUGGGAUACUGCUGGGCAGGAAAAAUUCAAGUGCAUCGCUUCUGCAUACUACAGAGGUGCUCAGGUCAUUAUCACAGUCUUUGACAUGGCCGACAUUAAGUCCCUAGAUCAUACACGCCAAUGGUUGGAGGAGGCCAUGAGAGAAAAUGAGCCUGACUCCUGUUUCAUCUUCUUGGUUGGCGCUAAGAGUGACCUGCUGGCCUUAGAAGAAAGACAGAGGACAGAAAAAGAUGCCAUCAGGAUAGCAACAGAAAUGCAUGCAGAGUUUUGGGCUGUUUCGGCUAAAACAGGGGAGAACAUACAGGGGUUUUUCUUCAGGGUGGCAGCUUUGGCCUUUGAGAAGUGCAUACUGAAGGACAUGGAGAAUGGAGUGCCUGCUAGCAUAGGACAUGGAGACAGCAUCAAAUCCGAUCGUGCCAACCUGGAGGAGGCUGCACCCCAAGACAUGAAGAGAAGCUGCUGCUGAUGAAAAGAGGAACUCUCAGAGUGAGCUGUUAAGAAAGGUGGAACCAAACUGAGGCUCUAUUCUGAGCUGCAGCUGCAGAAAUGAAAGUGACUGACCAUGUUCCACUGGACUGAAAUGUGCCUUAUGUUCCAUUAGGUCAUCAAAACUGCCAUGCAUUCUGACAUUCGCAAAAGGUAGGACCUGUAUGCGUUCCUGUCUGAAAGCCAGUUGGAUUGGAUUGAAGCCACCAAUAAAGGAUUCUCUUCUCUUUCUCUAAAAGUCCCAAAAAUUACAAGUUGUCAGUGUUUCAUCCAGAAUAUUAUUUUUUCUCUCAAAAACAUUUAGACCAUGGGAAACCCAAGAUAAAAUACAGCAAUACCAAAUGUGAUCAGUGUCUCAUUACAAUCAGUCAGUUUCUGGUCUUCUGUGGGAGUUGUAGUCAUUGGUCAAUUCUGCAAAACAAAGUCCAUCAUGUCCAUCAUUUCAGGCGUGGUGCCUGGACCAGACUCAUUUGGGACAGGCCAGUGCUGCCCCUGGUGAAAUGCUUGUAUGAAUGCUAUAUAUUUUCUUUGCUACUGUCAUAGUGUUUGUUUCUUCAUACAGUAUUGCUGUGGAAUAUGUCUCACCCAUAAUUGUGGGUUGUAUACAGAUCAGGUUUUAAUGAAAGUUUAUAGGCUGGAAUUUGGAAGCAAGGAAACCAAAUGUUUAUGUUUACUUUCAAGUAAUAAAAGUGCAAAUGAGUCUAUAAACUCAUUUAUAUUUAUGAGACCAGAUUUUUUUGUCAAAGCCUAUUAUUAUUUAAUAAAGUGGUUUAUCAGCUGUCUGAA